AUGAAUGAACUACAUGACCUGAUCGCCUUUGUGGCUGCAGGCUUGUAGUUCUCAAUGAACUAUCAUGGCUCUGUGGAGUGCCAUGGUAGUUCAUUGAGUCUUCCUGUCAGUAUAUCUGCUUGCCCAUCCAUCCCGUACGAGCAAGCAGAUAUACUGACAGGUCUGCAGGAGACCUGCAUGGCACCAGCAAUCUGCUGAUGGUUGGUGCUAUGCUAUAGGCUCCAUGCUCCAGAAACAAAAAAUAAUUUACCUGCAAAAAAAGGGCAUUUAUUUAUUUUUUUUUUGUUAAAAGGUGAACUUAUCUUUAA